CGGCCCCCGCCCCCGCGGGUCCCGGGCCCCGGGGUGGGGGGGGGCGCGGCGAGGCAGGCACAGCCCCCCGCCCCCAUGGCCGCCCGUCGGAGCCAGAGGCGGAGGGGGCGCCGGGGGGAGCCGGGCACCGCCCUGCUGGCGCCGCUCGCGCUGGGCCUGGGCCUGGCGCUGGCCUGCCUCGGCCUCCUGCUGGCCGCCGCCAGCCUGGGCAGCCGGGCACCGCUGCCCGCCCAGGAGCCUUCCCAGGGGGAGCUGGUGGCGGAGGAGGACCCGGACCCGCCGGAACUGAAUCCCCAGACAGAGGAAAGCCAGGAUCCCGGGCCAUUCCUGAAGAGGCUUGUUCGGCCUCGCAGAAGUGCACCUAAAGGCCGGAAAACGCGGGGUCGCAGAGCAGUGGCCGCACACUAUGAAGUUCACCCACGACCGGGACAGGACGGCGCACAGGCCGACACCGGUGUGGACGGGACCGUGAGGGGCUGGGAGGAGGCCAGAAUCAACAGCUCCAACCCGCUGCGCUAUGACCGCCAGAGCGGGGAGUUCCUCGUGGUGCGGGCCGGGCUGUAUUACCUGUACUGCCAGGUGCACUUCGACGAGGGGAAGGCGGUCUACCUGAAGCUGGACUUGCUGGUGGAUGACGCGCUGGCCCUGCGCUGCCUGGAGGAGUUCUCAGCUACAGCCGCCAGCUCCCUGGGGCCCCAGCUCCGCCUCUGCCAGGUGUCUGGGCUGCUGCCUCUGCGGCCCGGGUCCUCCUUGAGGAUCCGCACCCUCCCCUGGGCCCAUCUCAAGGCCGCCCCCUUCCUCACCUACUUUGGACUCUUCCAGGUGCACUGAGGGGCCCUGGUGGGGCCCCCACUGUGGCUCUCAGUGCCCCCCUCCACUGUACUCCCCCCUCCACUGCUCCCCCCCCCGCCCCCCUACCUACCCGCCCUCUGCGGGCUGCUUGGACUUGCUCAUUUCCUUUCCGCCCCACAUAGAGAUCCCCUCCUCCUCUGACAGCCCCCCCCCCACCUCACUAGCUCCUGAACCCCUGGUCAUUCAAUACCCCCAUGUAUCUCCUGACUCCCUGCCCUGGCCACAGCCGCCCCUGGACACUGUGUCUACUCUACUCUGGGUGAGGAUGGGUCCCCAAUCCCCACCCCCAACUUCAGGCACUAAUCACGGCUGGACAGGAGGGAGCCCGGGGACUAGGCCGGGAAUUCCCAAACGCGAGGGCUGAGAGCAAGACAAGCUCCUUCCCUGAUAAUUCCCUGUGGAUUUUUAAAAACAGAUAUUAUUUUUAUUAUUAUUGUGACAAAAUGUGCAUAAGUGGAUAUUAAAGACAAUAAACCACG